CCAUUAUUGUACUUGUCUAAUAUAGCUGUUCCUUCUGGGUCUUCUUGCUUUCCUUCUUCCAUAGGCUCUGAAAGGUAGUGUUUCAAUACAAAAUAAUGAGCAAAGGUGGGAAAAAUAUGACAAAAUUGGAAGCCGUGAAAUACAUAAAAGAAGUGCAAAAGACAUUUAAAGACGAGAAAGAAAAGUUCGAGGUGUUUUUGAAGAUCAUGACCGAUUAUAGACUUCAUAGAAUUGAUGUUGGCACUGUCGUAGAAAAAGUGAAGGAGAUUCUUGAAGACCAUGAUGAUCUCAUUUCCGGAUUCAACCAGUUUUUGCCAAAGGGAUAUGAAAUCCUUCUUCCACCUAAGGAUACAAUUCAGUUGAAAGAUGCUAUCAAAUAUGUGCAGAAGAUUAAGGAUCGAUUUGAAAACACAGAUAGUAUCUACAAGACAUUUGUAAAGAUAUUAACCAAUAGGAACAAAAAUGACAUGUCUGUUGAUGAAAUAUUCCGUGAGGUUGAAAAGCUUUUUGAGGGUCACCAUGAUCUUGUUCGUGAUUUCACUCUGUUUUUGCCGGAUGCGUAAGGGGAAGAACUAGUUUCAUUUAUGACAAGCAAAGAGGUUGUUGUAUUGGUCAAUAGAUCAAAGACUUAAACAACUCUGUUAAAUUGUGAAACUUUUUGAAUAAGCUUGCAAAGAUAUGAAAACUCGACAGCAAAAUCUAGAAACUAUGUUUGUCGAAUGCAUUCAAUUAUCUAAGAUAUUUUCCUUUAUGAUUA